AUGUCGAAGACGCUGGUGCAGCCGGUAGGUCAGAAGAGGUUAACGAACGUCGCAGUGGUUCGACUGAAGAAGCAAGGCAACCGCUUCGAGAUCGCUUGCUACAAGAAUAAGGUCCUCUCAUGGCGGUCCGGCGUGGAGAAGGAUAUAGAUGAAGUGCUUCAAUCACACACUGUGUAUACAAAUGUUUCCAAAGGAGUUCUUGCUAAAUCAAAAGACUUGAUCAAGUCUUUUGGAUCAGAUGACCAUACGAAAAUAUGCUUGGAGAUUUUGGAUAAAGGUGAGCUUCAAGUUGCUGGGAAAGAGAGAGAAUCACAGUUCUCAAGCCAGUUUCGAGAUAUUGCAACGAUUGUGAUGCAGAAAACCAUCAACCCUGAAACCCAACGGCCUUACACGAUCAGCAUGGUAGAGCGUCUAAUGCAUGAGAUUCAUUUUGCUGUUGAUCCUCAUAGCAAUUCCAAGAAGCAGGCCCUUGAUGUCAUUCGUGAGCUGCAGAAGCAUUUCCCUAUAAAGCGUUCUCCGAUGAGGCUUCGUCUCACCGUUCCUGUUCAGAACUUCCCUUCGCUUCUGGAGAAGCUAAAAGAAUGGGACGCUUCUGUUGUCUCCAAAGACGAAUCUGGAACUCAGAUGUCCACUGUAUGCGAGAUGGAACCUGGACUUUUCCGGGAGUGUGAUUCGCUUGUGAGGAAAAUGCAAGGGAGGCUAGAAAUUCUUGCUGUAUCAGUUCACGCGGAAGGUGACUCAAGCAUGGAUCAUUACGACGAGCAUGAUGAUAUGGCUUUGCAGACGAACAAGCCAUUGUUACCUAUCGAGACUGAGAAGAUCAAUCCCGUCGCUGAACUUAGCAAGCAGAUGCAGAAGCAAGAGAUCGGUACAGGUAACAACACAAAUCAAGGAGGAGAAGCAAAGGGAACCAAGUGCAGCACUUGCAACACGUUCGUCGGGGAAGCUAAGCAAUACAGAGAGCAUUGUAAAAGUGACUGGCACAAACACAACCUGAAGCGUAAGACUCGUAAACUCCCUCCUAUUUCUGCUGAAGAAUGCUCUGCUGAGAUCGACAUGGACGACUCCAGAGCAGAUAUGAAAGACUACAAUUUCUGA